AGGCAGCCUGGAAGAAAGCCGGACCCUGAGGCCGCCGAGAGAGGGCCUUGUGUUUGGAGCCCGACGCACUGAUUGGCCCCGGCCGAGGAAAAACCCGGAUGCGCUGGACAGCAGUGUUGGCAGUCGCGGCUCCGAGAUUUGGGCACUUUUGGGGGUGCCGGUUGCCCGGGCCAAUGGCGCAAGGUUGGGCAGGCUUCUCUGACGAGGAACUGAGGAGACUAAAGCAGACUAAAGAUCCAUUUGAACCACAGCGACGUCUCCCCGCGAAGAAAAGUCGACAACAACUUCAGCGAGAAAAAGCCCUUAUAGAGCAAAGCCAAAAACUUGGACUUCAAGAUGGAUCAACCUCAUUACCUCCAGAGCAGCUGCUUUCAGCACUAAAACAUCAUUUCCCUCUCACCUCUCCUGUUGGUGAUGGACAACCACAGGGCCUUGAAAGUCAGCCAAAGGAACUGGGACUUGAGAAUUCCCAUGAUGGUCACAACAAUAUUGAGAUUCUACCUCCAAAGCCAGACUGCAAACUGGAGAAAAAGAAAGUGGAAUUGCAAGAAAAAUCUCGUUGGGAAGUCCUCCAACAAGAACAAUGGCUAAUGGAAGAGAAAAAUAAACGUAAAAAAGCUCUUUUGGCUAAAGCUAUUGCAGAAAGAUCCAAAAGAACUCAGGCAGAAACCAUGAAACUAAAGCGGAUCCAGAAGGAGUUGCAGGCUUUAGAUGACAUGGUGUCAGCUGACAUUGGAAUUCUCAGGAACCGAAUUGAUCAGGCCAGCUUAGACUAUUCAUAUGCUCGGAAGCGGUUUGACAGGGCUGAAGCAGAGUAUAUUGCAGCAAAGCUAGAUCUGCAGCGCAAGACUGAGAUAAAAGAGCAACUCACUGAACACCUUUGUACAAUCAUACAGCAAAAUGAGCUCCGAAAGGCCAAGAAGUUGGAGGAGUUGAUGCAACAACUAGAUGUACAAGCUGAUGAAGAGACUCUGGAGCUUGAGGUGGAGGUAGAGAGAUUGCUACGUGAACAAGAAGUAGAAGCAAGGAAACCAGUGGUUCGUUUAGAGAGGCCAUUUCAGCCUGCUGAGGAGAGUGUGACUUUCGAAUUUGCAAAAGAGAACAAAAAGUGUCAAGAACAAGCUGUUUCCCCAAAGGUAGAUGAACAGUGUGGAAAUUCCAAUAGCAUCCCCUUUCAUAGUCCAAACUGCCCAAAUCAAGAAGGUAAUGACAUUUCAGCUGCUUUGGCCACAUGAAGUUCUGGUAUUCUUUUGAACUAAUAUGGUAUUCAGUAAAGUAUACUUUUUGCAGUAGAUUAUGCCCUCACCUCCAAUAAAAACCUCUUUAAAACAAUGCUGAUUUUUGAAUUCAUGAUUAGUUUUAGUAAAUUAAUAUGUUUGGCCAUUCUAAAAUCCAAAAUUAUGAUAAGUUUAUUUCUGGGGGUAUAUUUCACCUUGAUUUUGGCCCAGUUCUUUCAGUGUUCCAUUACCCUUUUUACUGAAUUAAAGUUAAGUGACUUAAAAGGAUGGAAGAAAAACUAUAUGGUUGGAGUGUUUUUAGACCAGAUAAAUAUAGAAAAGUUGAAUGGAAAAUGAUACUCAAUACCUAGUUGAACGCAUUUCACUUCUCCUGGGAGAUGUAUUAAGACUGGAAGUCCUAUUUUAUUUAAUCAGUAAAAAGACAAAAAUUACAGUGUGAAAAAGAGAAAGACAGGAAUCGAAGAAAAAAGUUGCAGGUUGAAUUAUCUAUCUGGAUAUUACUAGAGUUGUAAAACUUGGAAAUUGGAAUUUAUGUGAAGAACCAGACAACCGAAGCCAGGAUCACUUUUGUCUUCAAUUUACCUUCAAAUGGUUUUAUUUUACAACCUGCGUUUUGUUAUUUGACACACACACACGUAUAUAUAAACAUACAUGUAAUUUUACUAUUAUAUUGUCUUUCCUUUAAUCGAUGAAUUGAUUAAAUUUAGACAAUUAAAACAUUUCUAAAGUGAGGCUGAAAAUAAUAUAGAAAAUCUCAUUGCUACUUGUGAUGAUCAAAAAAGGAUGUAUUUUCUUUCUAAAGUUGUCUAUAAAUAUGUGUUUGAUAUGUUGGACAUGAAUUACCCUGUCAUGAAGCACUUAAAAGCUGAUUUUCUUGUUAGUUUGUUAAUUACCUGUUACUAGUAUUUGACCAAUACAUUGUGCUGUAUGUAAAUGUGUAAAUAAAUAUUGUAAUUUUCUCACAAA